UUUCAGUGAGCAAACACCAAAAGAAGGUCUUCGUCUCUGCACCUCUCCUCCUCCUCCUCCUCUCUUCACCUAGAUUGGCACAGCCACCUCGACUGCAAUCUCCGUCUCACACUCAGAGGGUCGCAGGACGCAUCUCUUCUCACCUCCUCAUCCACCAUGCAGCUCCUCUGUUAUGUCGCUCUCCUCUUCCUGUGCAGCCUCCCUUUCCUCUCAUCUGUGUUUCCCCUACAAUGCAGUAGAACAGAAUAUCCCUGGCCAGUGACUGACUCCAAGAAUUGCUGCAAGAAGUGCGCACCAGGUAAACAUAUGGAUCGCCGGGACUCAUGUAAUAUACAAUGUCUACCUUGCCCGAAGGACCGAUUCAGUGAUACUUACAAUGUGGAGAGGAGUUGUACACUUUGCCGUGUGUGCACAGAAGAUAACAUGGAGUAUAAGUCAAGCUGUAAUCCCACUCAUAACGCCGAGUGCAGAUGCAAAACUGGCUUCAGCUGCAAUGACAAAGACUGCACCCAGUGUGUGCCGAUACCAGUCACCGCCAAACCCACCCUCCCUCCAUCCACUACCACCCCCACAACUGAAGCCGUCACAACAUUUAAGCCCAUCAAACCAAUCGCAGAGACGGCGUGGUUCCUGGUGAUAAUCGCCCUCCUGUGUAUCGGAAUCGCACUUGUCGUUGUAACAAAAAUAAAGCCCCUACUGCGCUGGAUCAGGUCCAAGGACAGCUUCUUUUUCACUGACAAACCAGAACAAUCCUACUCUGAGGACGACAGUGAAUGCCGGCCUGUCCAGGAAGUCUGCGGGGAAUGUGAUCAACCUAUAGAUGUGUGCAUUAAAUGCUAAAUAGGUAAAAAGAAAAGGUGACGAGAAAACAUCCUGUGUUGCUAAGGACAUUUAUGGCUAAUGAGGACAAACUCCACUUCAGUCCAUGCUGGCGAAGGAACCAGAGAGUUCAAGUAUUUCUGGACUGAUUCGGUUUCCUGAGCGGAAACAUGGGUCUUUGACAUCUGUGACGAUAAGAUGAUAAAAGUGUAUAAAACAUGGAGAUAAAGUGUAAAUACAGAGAGGGACACUGCGAUACGCAUGAGUUAGAAAUGUUGCACCAUGUUGUAGUUGGUAUGUACUAUGGUACACAAAAGUAAAAGAUAGUCUAUAUUUAACAUCUUUACAUUUAUCUGUGUGUAUAUAUAAAUACCUGUUUGCUGUCGUUUUGUGGUUAGAUCAUAGAUCAUGUGGUUUUUUUGCAAUAAAUAUUUCUACUCAAAUGUACUCAAAAUAAACUUUUAUUGAAAUUAAAAUGUC